AUGUACGAGCAACCAUUGUUUCUUAAUAGUGUAUCGAAUUUUGAUCAAUCUAUCGAGCAAAUGAGAUACAAGUUACGUUAAAUGUUUAUUCGUGUGAUGUAAUCGGAAAUGCAUACUCGGACGUUAUAAAACAUCGAACAGAGUGGAACGUGUAUAGAAAUAAGUGCAUGCAAACAAUUCCAAGCUUUAUACAUACGAUACAUGUGUAUGUUGGAAAGUAUGUAUAGAUACUAUAGAUACUAUACUAUAAUUUUCUAUAUCGAAUUUCUAUAAUCAAGAAUGAUAUAUAAUGAUGAUUAGAUAGAGGAUAAUUGGGAAGCGAGGAGAAUAAAAUUAAAGAAUGCAUGUAUCGAGGAUAUGUUUAAUCUAAUAUGAUAACGAAAUGUAAAAGUUAACCUAUGCGACCGUCGGCCCUGGAGGCGGCCAUAUUACGUCGAGAUAGCUCGCUGCUCGAUUGCGUUGAAAGUCGAAAUUGAUCUCGAAACGCGUAUGCCAUUGCCACUGCCAGUGGUAACGUUCAUGUGUAAUUUAUGUGUUUAAUUUGUUUAAAAUCUAUCGAGGAAAUUGCACGAGUUUGUAACGAUAUUAAUGAAAGGUGGUGAGCGAAUAUCAUAUUUGCAGAUUUAAAAGUUUCUUGUAACAAUGGAGUCGGAGUAAAGCCAAUGGCUGAGAGGUGAGCGAGUUUCGGCUUCUUUCACACCGUACGCUGCCGAUAGGAGGACUAGAGUGUGCAAAAGAAAUUGUUUUCCUUGGUCGACAAUUAUACAAACUAUUCGAAAAGCGUUUGAAAUUAUUCGUCGUUGAAAUACGCACGUACAACGUAACGCACCGGCUGAACAUUACAGUUUUUACAAUGUUUUGUAUACGAUCCGUUGAUCCGUUUCGAUCGCUUUUUCACUCGAGAACAGCAGUGUUGGCACAGAAACAAAGAUUACCGAAUAGUCUCUGGAUGUCUAAAUAUGCCAGGCUGUGCAGCGGUUGGCUGCAACAAUCGUAGUGAAAAAGGUUAUAUUAUGAAAUGUUUUCCACGUGAUCCAAAACUGAGAAAAAUUUGGCAAGAACGUGUAGCCAGGGCCGAUUGGGAACCAUCGAACAAUUCAUUCCUUUGUCAUGUACAUUUCGAGCCCCAGGAAUGGUCCAUAACGCAAAGCGGGAGGAUUAGAUUAAGAAAAAACGCUAUCCCUUCCAUAUUUACUAUAACAUCUACCAGAAAGUCUCCCAAAAAGAGAACUAAGAUAAUCGGUAUCAAAGAAGAGAACUUAUUGCAAAGCGAAUAUAGCGUAGAGUACGUGGACAAUGACGAUGAUAAUAAGCAUUCGUCUACGGAAUAUCUAGAAGAAAAGGACUCUGAUUUUCAAGAUCUUUGCGAACCAUCUAUUCAGUUUAUUGAAAAUAAGUUUAAAUAUGUUCCUAAGCGUAUAGACGAGGACGAGGAGAAAGAAAGUGUUAAUUCUGAUUUUGUCGAAGAAAGUAGUAGCACUAUGAUCGCGGAGGAUAAUAUCGUAGACAUUAGCGGCCCCGUAGAAGACGAUAAUCUCGAUGCACAAAUGAACGAUAAUAAGAAAGAAAUUGGAUUAUCCUUAAUGAUCGAGAACUCGGAAAAUUUAUUAUCGAGCGCCAUUGUGAAAAAAGAGAUUAAACUAGAAGUUAUGGAUCAGAAUACGUUCGAGGAUAGUUACGAUGAAAUCGAGGAGAAGUUGAAACAGAUUUGCGACGGAGGAUCUACGGAAGAUGAUAACUAUAAGAACAACGGGAAGAAAAAGUUUACGAUCAAAAGUCAGAAAGAAGACGAAGAUGUAGAAACGAUAGAUGGAAACGGUGAUAUUAAUAACGAUAAAUGUAAAAUGACGCUGUCCGUUAAUAGAAAUGAGAAUUUUCCUGGAAAAAAUGAAGUUGAACACAACACCGUUAGAAACAAGGAGGAAAAUGUUGAAAUAAUUUUUGGCACCGAAAGUGGAGAUGAAAAAGUGUCUGUGCCUGAAAUUACAUCGAGAAUGAAUAAAGCAGAGGACGGUGUUUCGGGAUAUAAUGAAAUAAUUUCUAUCAAAGACGAGAAGAAAGUUUUUAACGAAGAUAUAGAAGAAAAUUUUAGCAAGGAUGAAGUGCAUGUUAUACCAAAUAUAAGAGCAGCUAUGAAGCGUAAAAAAAGAACCAGAGAAGAGAUAAUGAAGUCGAUAAAGAAAUCAAUUAGAAGCACCUCCGAUCAAGAUAUGAAUUCGUCGACUAAUAGCAAUUUGUCGGAUAGCCUGGAACAAGAAACGGAAAUAAGAAAUGAGCUAUCAAUGUUUUCGCAACAAGUAAACGAUGUUAAUAAAAGAAAUAGUUUCGAAAUGGAUACAGCUAAAUUUAUUAUAAAAAUAACUGGUGAUCCUGACGAUGUGACUGAAAUUAUCGAAGAAUUAUCAUCAAAUUCGAUAGUCGGGAGUCAAACAUCAUCUAAAAACUUGAGCUCCAUUUGUAAAAACGAAGAAAAUAAUACAUUCGUUACGUCCGUUAUAACAGUACUGUCGUCUAAAAAUCAGAAAGAUGUAACUUUCAAUGAUUUCAGUAACCCAUUAAUAAAAGGAGACUUUGCAACUUCAACAAAAAAAGACACUAUAAUAAAUUGUUCUCCUUGCAAGGAGAAAGAAUUUCCAAGUUUCGAUUCCGUUCGUAAUUCUAAAAAGUGUCGUCGGUCCUCGUGUUUGCGACAUAUUUGUUCCGACGAUGAGAAGAAAUGUCAGAUAAAAAGUAAUUCCAAGUUGCAGAAUUGUAUGCAGAGUGGUGAAACUCGUGUGGAAAAUGAUACCAGAUGUCCCGUUACCGGCGACUGUGAAGAUUUAUUAGAGAGAAUAGAAAUUCAAGAAGAUGUAAUUGGAAAAUUAACCGAUCAGUUGAUUAUUUAUAAAGAAUUGGAAAACAAUUUGCGAAAUAAGAAGAUCGGGGGCCAGGAUAUACAGAUUAAAGAAGUAGAAACGAUUCCUCGAAUUCUUACAAGGUCAAGCAACGUACAAUCUUCGGUGGUUACAAAGAAAGUUUUAGAAUCUAAACAAAGAUUGAUCGAAGAUUUAUCAAAUAGGGUGAAUUAUUUUGAAGAAAUGAAUAAAAAACUAAUGAAAACUGUGACGCUGGAAUCUCAGCAGAAAAGAAAACUGGAAGGACAAAUGAGGCAAAAAGAUAAUAGAAUCAAAGAACUGAACUGGAAAUUGGAGAAGGCCUCUAAAUACCUGGAAAGGGCAGAGAAAAAUACAAACACGUACAGAAGAAAAAUGUUAAAUAUGCAAACUAUUAUGAGGAGGAGAAAACUUCUGGACGAAAAAAUGAGCAAAUUCAAUGAAAUAUUAAUCGAUAGUUCGAGACAAGAAUUUUCGGAGAGAGCUUUGACCAUGGCGGCGGAUAUUCGAAAAACUUGCGGAAGAAAUGGGUAUGAUAAGUUACUUUCUUAUGGUAUUCCAUUACCACCGCUACCAGCAUUGCGUAAAGGUGUUCUUAACGAAGAUUCAGCAAUAGAUCAUACUAAAAGCGAUACAGAUAAAGCGCAUAAUUCUACUUCAAAGUUAAACAUCAAAACGGAGAAAGCACAAGAUACGAACAAUGAAUCGGAAACGGAUGAAAAAGAUUCCGAACUUGCCGAUUCUAUCGUUAAAACGAACGAAUACGAUGGCGCGGAGACUGUAACAGGAACUGUACAAGACAUUUUUGACGAGAAUAACGACGGUGACGAUUUUAGUACAAAUGAAUUAAGAGAACAUUUCAUUCUGCAGUUGAAUGCAGUUAUGUAGCUAUGGUUCUGUAAUUUAGACAUCUUUCUUUUUUUUUUUACCAUUUUUGAACUAGGAUUUGUAAUAUUAAGAUCGUGAAUAAAUAUUUAGAUAGGUUUCCUUCUAUCAUUGUACAAUAUCCAUUGUGCACUUAACAACUAUACUUAUUGUAUAAUACCAUUUCAUGUUCUCACUUCAAAUGUAAAUAUAUGUAUAAACAUUAUUAUGUGUAAUAUAAAAAGACCAUUUUAAUCAGCGAAUUGCAGUUUUAAAUCAUUUAGAAACGUUUAAUGCAUGAUUAUUUGUUUUUUUUUCUCGAAAGCGCAUAGGAGAAGGAUUUCGAAGGUAUGUCUGUCGACCAACAAUGAUAUUGUUGUAAUUGAUCC